AUGCAUUUCAUAACUAUAUCACAUUGUAACCACGGAAAAGUAGACUACCAAAAAGUUAUUAGAACAGAUUCAAGCGGUCACGUGGACUGGGAUAAACCAUUUUGUAUGUUAAAACCCAAGUUGGGGGAGAAGUUAUUAACCAGAAACCCAGCUUCAGCUGCAGCUACAGCUACAGCUACAGCUACAACUACUACAAACACUAAUUUGAAAAAUGACGAGGUAACCACAAAUAAAAAUAACAAUAAUAAUGAGGCUCAUUUGUCUACUAGUACAGAUGACGACGAUUCGGACUUUUUUGGAAUUUUUGGAUUUGUAAUGACAAAAUCUAAAAAAGUGAAUAAUUUGCUCCGCAAGAAAUUCGAUAUAAUGUUGGAGAAAUUAACAAAUGGCAAAUGGGUAGAGUAUAUCGGGAAAAAGAAAUACAACCAUUACCAAAAAUUGCUUAGUGGCGGCAAUCCCCAAGAAUCACUCAAUUGGGAAAGCAGUAAUUUGGUGUGUUAUAAAAUGGCUCGAAGAAAGAAAUAUGCUAGACGCAAAGUUUCCUUUUACAUGCCCUAUACAUUUGUUGGAGCAUUAUAUGAAUGUUUGCUCCCUCUCGAAACAAAACAUGAGAUAUUCCAGCAGUUUUUCCAUAAUAACGACGAGAAUUCAAAUUUCAUGAUUCAGGAUUUUCAAUUCACCUGUGAUUCUCACUUAUCAAGGCCAAUUUCCCCCUUGAUAGCUGAAGAUUCAACAACACAGUGGUUCGAAAACAAGCUACACAAUAUCUUUAAUCCAGGGAUAAUACAAACUAUCCCAUACUUGACAACCUCAACACCUUUGGAUUUGAGGUUUAGUACAUCUGAAACAAGCGACAUGUACCGAGACUCUUGGGCAACAAAAAUCGAUGUGAAUGAGAUGUAUUCAUACGAUGAAGCCGAUUUACACUUGAUUAGCAAAGCCGUUGCAUAUCUGGCAGAUCUCUUGAAUAAAUUGAUAGCCCCGAUUGAUUUUAAUGAAUUGUUGAAAAGCUACAACAGGGCAGACGAUAAAGAAAAAGAGUAUGAUGAAGAAGAGAUGGUGCAGAUGGAAAAGUUUAAUGUAUCUAGUGCUCUAUCAGAAGAUCAAAAGUAUAACAUCUGGUUUGCUUCUGGUAAUCAUAGUGUUGUGAAUGGAGUAUUUGAGAAAAUCGAGUCCCAAUGGGAUAAACUUGAUCAAGAUGAUUUAGUAGAGUAA